AUGGCAUCGAUUACCCCAAAGAUGCUUCCGAUGAAUUGCGCCCGCUAUAUUAAGUCACUUGACUCUACAUUCCUUCAACGAUCGCGACCUUCAAUAGCUGCCAUCAAUGCCUUCCUCUUCCCUACCUCUUCCUCGACACCGACAUCCUCAAACCGUUCCUUCACAACCACGGCACCCCUCCAAAAGAGGGACCCGGCCGGUCACCGUCGUUUUGGCCGUGUAGGUCGUCACCAAAUCCGUCAUCCUAGAUACUACCGUGGUCCAUACCAUCCUCAUCAACCGCCUAAGCCUUCGGACCCGUCUUCUCGUGAAUUCGUUCCCGGUCCUUUCACAAGCGAACGAUUAUGGGAUCACUAUAAUGAUACCAUUGCUGCCGACUUGAUGACCAUGGCAUAUACCCACAGUGCACCUCAUGCUGUUGAGAAACCUCAAAAGGACCGUCUAAGGAAAUGGGAGGGUGACUCUCCAUACUUUGAAAACCGUCCUCGUCGAGGACCUCGUGGAAAGGAUUAUCUCCCUCUCACUCAUCGGCCGAUAACUUUCAGGAAUGUUCCACGUCUUGAGGAGGUUGUGCUCCAUUGUUUCUCCGACGCAUCAACUUUGAACCCUCUAGCUAUCCGAGUCGCGAUUAUGGCUGCUCAAUCAAUUACGGGAUCUAAAGCGAAUCUCCAUGUAGCAAAGGCGACGGUUGCAGCUUGGAAGUUGAAGAAAGAUCAACAGAUAGCUGUUACUUGCAGAAUGUCUGGUCCAUCGAUGUACAGGUUUUUGGCGACAUGCAUAGAUGUUGUUAUGCCAAGAAUUAAGGAGUAUAAGGGUGUUAAAGGAACCACUGGUGAUAGAUCAGGUAACUUGACUUUUGGUUUUGACCCGGAAGUUGUCGCACAGUUUCCAGAGAUCGAAGUUAACUACGACAUGUAUCCUGCAAAGAUGAUUCCUGGUUGCCAUAUCACUUGCAAAACUACGGCGACUAGCGAUAGAGAUGCUAGGAUGUUGUUGACCGCAUUUGGAGUUCCCUUCUACGGCAAGAUCAAGACGUAUUAG